AUUGUUAGCUUGCAGCAUUCCGUUGGCUUCUCUAGAUUUUUAAGAUGUCUGAUGACCAAAAAGAGAUUGAUUUAGUAAACCGUGAUCCUAAUGAAAUUAAUGCAAGACUUGGUACACUUAAUUUCAAUGAAGUCUUUGGGGAGCCAGACGGUAUUCACAGUAUUGACUGCGUCUGGAAAUUAUCCUACAAAUGUUUUGAGUUAUGGAAGAAACUAUGUUACAUCAUAUUGACCACAUGUUGUGGCAUGUGUAUUGCAGCUGAAUGGGGAUGUGAAUUUGCUUAUAUUGCUUUCUACCAUAUUUGGUUCAUAACACCAUGUUUGAAAGUUCUUGAAAUCAAUUGCGGUGUUUGCCAGAAGAUAUACUCUUUGUGUAUUAACUGCUGCAUUUAUCCGUUUUGUGAGGCUUGCGGAGCAUUGUUCAAUGCGUUCAAGAAAUGAAUAUGAAUUAUGCACAAGAUGCAGUAAUGAGAAACGUUAUCUAGUUAAAUUCAAGUGUGCCAUCACUAUUAUUCUAUUAUA